UUGACUCCUUCCACGUCUCCUCUCCAUCCCUCUCACAGCAACCGCCUGGAAGUAUCCGUAGGUACAUGGGUACGUCCCCUCGUCUCGCUUGCUCACCUGCCGCCUGCCCGCGCAUUGUGCCUGAGUUCCGGGUCUGGGUCCUCCUCCUCAUACUCCUCCUUCCUUCCUCUCCACCUGCCACCGGGUCCCUGAGGUUGGUCCACGACCACGUUUUGCGUCUCAUUGACUCUGGGCCCACCGUCCAGUACCCUCCCUCCUCCCUCGUCGUCGAGUGCUCCUGCCUGUUGCCCUCUUUGCGGAUCCGGAUACUUUCACAGUCCACUCACCAGCACCAGCAGACCAGGAAGUCGCAGGCAUAGCAAGCACAGCCUGAGAACCUGCAGCUACAACCCUUGCAUAUUAUCUGCGCUUGCUUCAGUCAGGUUCCUGGUUCCAAUUGUCUGUCAGAGUGCCCAGUCUCCCACUCUUACGCCGCAGCCUGCCCU